AAUCAGACAAAUCUACCUUUUCCUUUUGAUCGGGAAAAUCAUACAAAUCUUAUUGAUUUCAGCAUGGAGGAAAGCAUAGCUGAACUGAGGGAAACCUUUAAAUCUGGAGGAACUAGAGGUGUGGAAUGGAGGAAGACCCAGUUGAAGGCUAUUCUUCAGCUACUCCAUGACCAUGAGCAGACGAUUUGUAAAGCUCUAAACGAAGAUCUGGGAAAGCACCCCGUGGAAGUAUACACCCACGACACUGGAGUAGUGGAAAAAUCAGCGAGGUAUGCUUUGAGUUCUGUGGACAAAUGGAUGGUCCCUCAAAAGGCUCACUUGCCGUUGGCUUUCUUUCCAGCAAGAGCGGAAGUGCAGCCUGAACCAUUUGGUGUAGUUCUAAUAUUCUCAUCUUGGAACUUCCCUAUCGCACUGUCAUUGGAUCCGGUGAUAGGAGCAAUAUCUGCAGGAAACACGGUGGUGCUUAAGCCUUCAGAUCUUGCCCCAGCAUGUGCAAAAUUUCUCAGUUUAACCAUUCCUCAAUAUUUGGACAAUAAAGCAAUUAAGGUCAUUGGUGGUGGAGUAGAUGUUUGUGAACGACUGCUUAACCUUAAAUGGGACAAGAUAUUCUUCACAGGAAGUCCAAGGGUGGGGCGCAUUGUUAUGACGGCAGCUGCAAGACAUUUGACACCAGUGACUUUGGAGCUUGGUGGAAAAUGCCCUGUUAUCCUAGAUAGAUUAUCCAGUCCAUCAGAUAUGGAGGUUGCUGCCAAAAGAAUAUUUGGGGGAAAGUGGGGGGCUUGCUCUGGACAGGCAUGCAUUGCGGUCGAUUAUGUGCUUGUGGAGGAGAAAUUUGCCUCAACUCUGAUUGACUUAUUAAAGAAGACAAUAGGGAAAUUCUAUGGUGAAAAUCCAAAAAACUUGAAAAACAUCUCCAGAAUUGUCAACAAGUACCACUUUGAAAGAGUGCUCAAUCUUCUGAAAGACCCUAAUGUAGCCGCCUCGGUUGUUCAUGGCGGGUUUGCAGACAAAGAAAAACUUUUCAUUGAGCCAACAAUCUUAUUAGAUCCUCCACUUGAUUCUGAGGUCAUGACUGAAGAAGUUUUCGGUCCUAUUCUUCCAAUAAUCACGUUGAAAAAGAUUGAAGACAGCAUUGAAUUUAUCAACUCCAGGCCCAAUCCACUUGCUAUGUAUGUUUUUACCAAGGAUGAAGCAUUCAAGAAAAAAAUUUUAUCAGAAACAUCCUCAGGAAGCGUAACAUUCAACGACAUCUUGAUUCAUUUCAUUUGUGAUUCGCUACCAUUUGGAGGCGUUGGUCAGAGCGGCUUUGGGAGGUACCAUGGCAAGUACUCUUUUGAUACAUUCAGCCAUGAAAAAGCAGUGCUGCAAAGAAGCUUUUUCCCCGAACUGGAGCCAAGGUAUCCCCCAUGGAAUGGUUUCAAGCUUCUCUUCGUCAAAUUACUUUACAGAUUUGACUAUUUUGGUCUCCUGCUCCUCAUGCUUGGGUUGAAAAGAUAUCCCCAGGAUGACCAUAAAGCAGAUUGACUAACCACCCCUAGCUCGAACAAAACCAAGAGGGAUUAUUUAGCGAAUAAAAGAC